AAGUGAAGAAACCGGCAAAUUAGAGUAUAUAAAGGGGAACAGGGCCCAUAGAAGCAUAACUAUGAGAAUAGUACUAUUUGUUUCCUGAAAGUCAACUAAACGCAUGGGCUUCAUAGAGACAUCAGUUGUUACCUUUUCUUUUAAUGAAACUUCUCUAUCCAAAGGUCCAUGCUUACAGAUUUUUGAGGUGACAUAUAUUGGUGCUCUCCCAAAAGUUUGAACUUAUCAUUUGUUCAGCUAUGGAAGCUCCAGCAGAGGCACAUUACUUGUCAAGAACUGGAGGCUGGAUCACCUUCCCCUUCAUCAUAGCGACCUCAGUAGGCUUGACCCUAACAUUUGCGGGUUGGCAAAGCAACCUUAUAGUAUAUCUGAUAGAGGAAUUUGAAGUGGAGAGCAUCGAUGCUGCUCAAAUAUCAAAUCUGGUUAAUGGUGCUGGAAGUUUGAUUCCCGUCCUUGCUGCUAUUAUUGCCGACUCAUUUCUUGGUUGCUUCUCUACCAUUUGGAUUUCAUCCAUCAUCUCAUUACUGGGCACAAUAUUUUUAGCUUUAACAGCGACACUUGAUUCUUUGAGGCCUAAACCCUGUGAUGUUGACUCAACCUCAUGUAGACCUAAACCAAGAGUUCAAUAUGUAGUACUAUAUGCAGCCAUAAUUCUAGCAACUUUAGGGAGUGGUGGUACCCGAUCAACCCUUUCAACGAUGGGAGCCGACCAACUAGAUAAGCCAAAGGAUCAGGGGAUUUUCUUCAACUGGUUCUUCUUCUUUUGGUAUGCUGCUUCUGUAGUAGCAUCAACAGCUAUAGUCUACGUUGAAGAUAAUAUGAGUUGGAAAGUGGGAUUUUUCAUUUGUGUAGCUACCAACGUUCUUGCUUCAGUCAUUUUCCUAAUAGGAAGCAGAUUUUACACAAACUCUAAGCCAGGAGGUAGCCCGUUCACCAGUUUGGCUCGCGUUGUGGUUGCAAGUAUUAGGAAAAGAAAAGUGCCACUCCCAUCGACUGGUGAGUAUUUCUACCAUGGAUGGGAGUGUCACCCUGUUGCGCCCUCGAAAAUCUGCAGGUUCUUAAACCGUGCAGCCAUAAAAAGUGAAGGUGACAUUAAAUCAGAUGGCUGUACAGCUAAGCCAUGGAGACUUUGUUCAGUACAAGAAGUCGAAGAUUUUAAAUCCUUAAUUAGAAUUGUACCACUAUGGUCAAGUAGUUUCUUUCUUGGAACAUCAAUUGGCGUACAAGCAAGUUUGACAGUACUUCAAGCCUUGGCAAUGGACCGUCACGUAGGGCCCCAUUUCCAAAUCCCAGCUGGUUCCAUACUCGUCUUUGUCCUGAUCUCUACUGCUAUAUUCCUCGCUCUGUUAGACAAGUUUCUCUUUCCUGCAUGGAAGAAGUUGACCGGCAAAUCCCUGACUCCUCUCCAGAGAAUUGGGCUUGGGCACGUGCUCAAUGCUCUGGGGAUGGGUAUCUCGGCCUUAGUGGAGUCAAAGAGGCUAAAGGUAGCAAAAUCCAACAACGGUGAUCAAGGUUCUAAUAUUGUGCCUAUGUCAGUGUUAUGGCUAGUACCCCAGUUAGCCAUUGUUGGCAUUGCAGAGGCAUUCCAUUAUCCUGGUCAAGUAGCACUAUACUACCAAGAGUUUCCAACAACAUUAAAGAACAUGUCAACCGCUAUGAUUUCGGUGCUCGUUGGUAUAGCAUUUUACUUGGCUACUGCUCUAAUUGAUGUUGUUAGAAAGACAACUACAUGGUUACCAGGUAACAUAAAUAAGGGAAGGCUGGACAAUGUGUAUUGGGUAUUGGUUGUAGGGGGAGUAUUGAACUUUGGUUACUAUGUAGCAUGUGCUUGGUUUUACAAGUAUCAACAUCUGAAGGAAGUGGAUCAUAGUUGUACUCCUGAUGAUGAGUGAUCCCAGGGUGAAAAAAGAUAAAACAAAGGAUCAUGAUGUUUGACAUUGAAGUACCAUCACGACAGUUGCUAUAUAGUUUGUUAUUCUGGAUAAUCUGUUGCCCGACUAGACAAUUCAUAUAAAAUGAGACAAAGGAAUUACCUAAACUAUAGCAGCAUGACUCAACAAAAUGUAAGUGAAGGUGACAGAAAAAUGACAUACCACCGGGAGCUAAGGUCAGAGCUACUACGAGGACAAUGUUUCUGCCAUCAAAACCUGAAAUUUUAACGGUCAACAAUCGUACAAAACACUAUCUUCCAGAAUAAAUAAACUUCCAGCGUCCAUAUUUACUAAAUAAUUCUUUCUGAUGAAACACUCUCGUCAACUUAUCAUCAUUAACUACUUUGGAUAAACAUUCUCAGAGUAAAUCAACUACCAGUACUUUAGAACUCAGCAGAAACCACUUUUGAGUUACUUUCCUAACUCAAGCCAUCUCCACACAGAUGGAACUGAAGCCCUUUUUUAUCUUCCAGAAACACAUUCUUUGGGUUAUCUAAUUAACUUGUCGCUAUAUUUGCCUCCUCUGCAAUGCAUUUCUAUAAUAUAGGAAGCUCCCCCUUU